CUGUCAUUUCUGUCAAACCAACAAUACAUACAACUGUCAAAUCCAACUGAAGGAAUUGCGCCAAAAGGAUUGUUGAAUUUCUUGCAAUUCUGAAUUCUGUCAAACUCUCAAAACGAUAUUUUAUCACCACAGAACGUUACAAUGGAAGAUAAAGCUAAUUUGAAAGCUGUAAAGGAAUUGAUAUUAGAUGAGCAAAAGUUAGUUACCUAUAUUUCUAUAAGCAAGGAGCUAUGUAUUCACGUGAACGAAGCAAAAUCUUUACUAUCUCAAACAGUUGAAGAUCUUAGAAAAGCAUAUCCAGAAACUGUCUUGAGCGUAUCGUAUAUCAUUUCUGGAUUAUUAAAUGACAACAGUGGAUGCCUAACUGUAUGUCCUGAAGAAGACUUAGACGCACUCAAGAAAACAUUCAAAAUUAUAUUUUAUCAGCAUGUUUAUUGCGUUAGUCGAGGCCCCAACUCCGUUGAUAACGUUGCGUUGACUGCUGUGAACAAAUUUGAAGAUCUCACUUUAUGUACUGGAUUAAUAAGGGCUAAUGCUUGUACUAAACGGACAGAUGAUGAAAUAGGAAAUUUGAAAUCCAAAAAUCUUCCAGUUUUUAAUGAACCGAAAACAGCAAACAUAAGACAGAACUCUAAGAGCGUAGUUAAAGAGGCCAGUAAACAUGAUACACUUAAAAAGGAACCUGAAGUUAAAAUGGAGCCCAAUAUAAAAUCAGAAAUCCCCUCACCAAGAAAAGAUAUGUCAAACAACAAAGCACCUAAUAGUAAACCUAACAAUAAAACAGCUUCAAAAGGAAUUGCUGGAUUCUUCAGUAAAGUUAAUGGAGAUAAAGCUAAGAAACUUAAAGUUCAGGAAUCUGAGAUUAAAGUAGAGAAGGAUGUAGAAACUGAAGCAAAAACUGUUGAAACUAAAAUAUCACCAACCACAGCAGGAAAAAAUACUUCAGCAAAGAAUGGGAAAGAUAAAAUAAACAGUAACAAAGCUCUUACUCAGAUCAAAAAGAAUGCCAAAGUAGAUAAAAAACGUAAAAGACUUUUACACGUGUCAGAUAGUGAGAGUGAAACUGAGGAUAAUGAUCCUUUCAAAAAUGAAAUGGAUGUUGAUCAAGACUCUGAAGAUGAAAUACCUCCAACACCAACCGUAAAUACAGUUAAAAUUACCUCUGGUAUAGUAAACCCUAAAAAGAGGAGAAAGAUUGUGGAUAAAACUUAUACUGAUGAGGAUGGUUAUAUUUUGACAAAGAAAGAAGAAGUUUAUGAAAGUUGCUCAGAAAAUGAGGAUGAAGCAAAAGAGAAUUCCAACCAAGUUAAAGAAAAUGGGAUUCAAGUUAAAGCACCUGUUUUACAUGCUAAAGAAAACUCUGAGCAAGUUAAAUCAAUCAAAACUGAAUCAUCACCACCAGAGAGUAAAACCAAGAAAAAGAAAAUAUCACCACCACAGAAAGGAAAACAGCAGACAAUUAACAGUUUUUUCAAGAAGGCUUAAAAUAAAUAUAAUAAAAUGGUGUGCCUUAAACAGAAUCAUGUAUAUUAACUGUUCACUCAUUUUAUGUUUGUGGAGUAAAAACAAACUCAAUUAAGUAUGUUUGAAUUUUAUUGUUGUAACAUUAUUUUUCAUUAAAAUCACAUUUCCAGAGUA